UUAAAAUAUUUAUUAACGGUUUUGCAUCACAUGUAUACAGUAGGUUUAGAUGUUGAUACAAGAGCUUAUUUUACUGCAGCUACAUUAAUUAUAGCUGUACCUACUGGUAUUAAAAUAUUCUCAUGAUUAGCAACUUGUUAUGGAGGUUCUAUUAAAUUAACUCCUUCUAUGUUAUUUGCUUUAGGUUUUGUAUUUAUGUUUACAAUUGGAGGAUUAAUAAUCCACUUAGUUCUCCCUUUAAAGAUCACUAUAUGCUGGAAACUUCUAACAAUUAUACUACUAGUAGUUUAUUUAAUUACAGUGACAAUGUAUAAUUUUGAACAAUCAGCAGGUAACCAACGGAUGUCUAAAAAUAUCCUAGUAGGUACCUCAGAGACUACACGUGAUCCAUGCUAUGCAUGAAGUUAUAGUCCGUGAAAUAAUAAAUCAUUAACUUCUUCAUUAAAUCAUAAACUUACCUGCUCUAGAAUAACUAAAAAUUUUAUCCGUAGUUAUUCUUCUGAUAAUAAAGAUAAUAUAAAUACUUUAAUUCCUGUCAUAAUUUAUAAUAAUUUUAAAGAGGAUAGGUCUAAAAUUUUAAAAGAACAAAAAGAUAAAUCAGGUAUUUAUUGUUUAAUUAAUAAUAUUAAUAGUCACUCAUAUGUAGGAAGUUCUAUUAAUCUUGCUUCUAGAAUGAAAAAUUAUCUUAAUAAUACUUUUUUAAAAAGUAGACAAAAUAUAAAUAUGCCCAUUGUAAAAGCUUUGUUAAAAUAUGGUCAAGAUAAUUUUAGUUUAUAUAUAGUAGAAUAUGUAAAUGUUGAAUCUCUAAUAAAUAGAGAAACUUAUUUUAUUACAUCUGUUUUACCUCACUAUAAUGUAUUAAAACAAGGUUAUUCUUAUUUAGGUUAUAAACAUACAGAAGAGACUAAAGAACUUUUAUCGGAAUUAGCUAAAAACAGAGUACAUAGUGAUACAACUAAAAGUUUAAUUGCUAAAGCAUUAACAGGUGAAAAUAACCCUUUUUACAAUAAAAACCAUUCUAUGGAAAGUAAAGUAAGAAUGAUACAAGCGAAUUCAGCUUACCCUGUUUAUGUGUAUAAUUCUUAUAAGGAAUUGUUAGUAAUCUAUCCAUCUGUUACAACUUUAGCUAAAUUAAUUCAAUCGAAUCAUCCCACUAUAGUUAAUUCUAUAAAAGAACAAACUAUUUUUAGAGGAGAAUGAUAUUUUACUAAUUUACCUUAUAAUAUAAAUGAUACUCCUUUAAUAACAAAUUGAAAUUCUAAAGAAGCUGAAGAAUUAAUUAUAAGUAUAAAUAAAAAUAGUAAAAUUAGAAAAGGAAUAUUUGUAUAUGAUGAAAAUAGAAAUUUUAUUUCUAAAUAUGAAGGAGUUACAGAUGCUCAAAGAGCUUUAAAUAUAAAUCAUAGCACUAUUAAAAAGUAUGCCAAAAUAAAUGGUACCUAUGGUGGUUAUAUAUUUAGCUAUCAGCGUUUAAAUGAUUAA